CAAUUCAACAUUACAUAAAUUGGUCCAAACACCACAAAGCAUUCCCAAUUUCACACCUUAACUAGAGCCUCUAGAGCCCAUCUUGACCAUAGAUCUAAAAAAUCUGAACUGUAAUAUUCAGACAUGUCAGGCGAAGAUGCGAAGGUGCUCUCCACGGCACCGCUGUCAAAUAAUGAAUCAAGGUGGAUCAAGCUCCUCAAGAUUAAUUACCAGGACCCUGCUGGCACGAAUCGAACAUGGGAGAGUGCUGAGCGACUCACGAGGCCCAAAGGCGGUGAUAUUGACGGAGUCGGCAUCUUUGCCGUCUUGGAGAAGGAGACUGGACCGGAGAUCAUCCUGCAGAAGCAGUUCCGCCCGCCCAUCGACAAGGUCACCAUUGAAGUGCCCGCCGGCCUGGUAGACGAGGGCGAGACGGCCGAGGAGGCUGCGGUGCGCGAGCUGAGGGAGGAGACGGGAUAUGUGGGCAAGGCGACGAUGACGACCCCGGUCAUGUUCAAUGACCCCGGGUUCUGCAACACGAAUCUGCGCAUGGUUCAUGUGAGCAUUGAUAUGAGUCUGCCCGAGAACCAGAACCUCAAACCUGAACUUGAGGAUAGUGAGUUUAUCGAGGUCUUUACGGUCAAGCUUACGAACCUGUAUGCGGAGUGCAAAAAGCUGGAAGAGCAGGGUUACGCCAUAGACGCCCGGGUUGGCACGCUGGCGGAGGGAAUCGAAGUCGCUAAGAAGUUUAAGUUGUGAUUGUUUUGACUCCGUUUGUAGGUUCUCACAUCACCUAAACUUAUGAAUAGAAUUCUUGUGAACCUGUCGUCUCUUAUCAUGAUGGUUACAGUAGUUUACAGGCACGGCAAAGGGUCACAAAGCAAAUAUAUGUACAUAUAAGUACAAUUUUUCUG